UUCGGAAAGUAUCCCGAUGCCGAGACGGAAGCCAGUGGCUUGGAUGGAGCUCUUGGGGAGAGGGAGAGGGCAUUGGUCUGGAAGCAGGAUCUGAGGAUUGUGCCGCUUUGUGCGGGCAUUUAUUUGUUGUGCUAUUUGGAUCGUUCGAAUAUUGGAAAUGCCAAGAUUCUCAAUGAGGAUACGAAUGAUGAUAUGCUCUCGGAGACGAAGAUGACUUCGUACCAAUUUACGAUCGCACUUAUGGUAUUUCUAAUCGCUUACGCGCUAUUUGAAGUACCUUCGAACUAUUUCCUCAAAAAACUCAGACCAAGCCGCUGGAUCGCCUUCCUGAUGCUCUCCUGGGGCGCCACAACAAUGGGCCUAGGUGGCGUCCACAACGCCGCCCAAGUUACAGGCCUCCGCUUCCUUCUAGGCGUAAUGGAAGCAGGACUAUUCCCGGGUUUUGUCUACUACCUAACAUUCUGGUACCGCAAUUCCGAACGCUCGAUACGCGUCGCACUGAUUCUAGCCUCUGCGACGUUAGCGGGAGCAUUUGGUGGAGCUAUUGCUUACGGCGUUGGGCAUAUGAAUGGCGCUCAAGGGCUUUCAGCGUGGAGAUGGCUGUUCAUUAUAGAGGGUGCACCAUCUUGCGCAUCGUCGGUACUGGUUUGGUUCUUUUUGCCUGAUUAUCCGGAGUCAGCGCACUGGUUGACCAGUGGGGAGAAAGACCUUGCGGCAGAGAGAUUGAAACUUGAGGGAUCCAAAGGGUCGGCGAGUGCGAUGUCUUGGGAGGAUGCGAAAGGCAUUUUGAUGGAUUGGAGGCUGUAUGCUCAUUAUGCUGUCUAUUUUGGCAUUUCAACGCCUUUCUCGAGCCUUUCUCUCUUCACGCCGGCUAUCACGUCUGGUUUGGGCUAUUCUAACCUUCGUGCCCAGCUAAUGACUGUGCCUCCGUAUGCAGUGGCUUAUGUCGUGACUGUUACCGUGGCAUGGUCCGCAGAUUAUUUUAAUAGUCGCGGACUCCACUCCGCUAUCUUUUCCUUCAUUGGCGCUAUGGGCUUCCUAGCGUCAGCAGUCCUCCCAGCUGAAGCCUACCUUUCUCGCUACGGCUGUCUCAUCGUGGCCGCUAGCGGAGCCUUCGCUUGUAUCCCCCCACUCCUCGGCUGGCUAUCUUCGAAUCUGCGAUCCACUGCUGGAGCGGGCCUGGCCAUUGCGUUGAACGUAUCAUUCGGCGCCCCCGGUCAGAUUGUCGGUGUAUGGAUUUACAAAAGCGAUGAGGCAAAGAAGGGAUACCCAACCGGUCAUUGGACCAACGCAGCACUGCUUCUCUUCGUGACGGCAGGAUGCCUACUUUUGCGGGUCUAUUACGGAUGGAGAAAUAGUCGGGGAAGUGUUGAUGGGAGCGGGAAGAAAUUUGCGUAUUAG